AUGUCUUCUCUUAUACUUAGUCACAAAGAACGCGCAGAAGGGCCAUGGGUCAAACUACAAUCAGAACCAUCACUUUUCACCUCUUUGAUGUAUAACUUAGGGGUUAAAGGAGCAAAAGCAACUGAAGUGUUUGUUCUUGAUCAACAAGAUAAUUUCGAUGACCUUGGAGAAAUAUAUGGAUUAGUCUUUCUUUUUAAAAUGAUAGGCGAUGUGUCAGGUGACGUGAAAGGUUUGCAUAAAGAUGUCAAGUAUGAACCUAUUGACGAACUUCCAAAGAAUGUAUAUUUUGCAAAUCAAGUUGUGGAAAACGCCUGUGCAACAUUGGCAGUAUUGAAUAUUGUACUUAAUUGUCCACAACUGGAAAUCGAUCAAGAAUUGAAGGAAUUUAAAGGAUUCACACGGGAGCUUCCACCAGCUGCAAGUUCAACUUUCUAUUUGACACAUCCUGAAGAAGCACUGGUCGUUGAAGAAGCGAUGACCACGAAAAAAGGUAGAGGGAAGAAAAUAAUUGAUGAGGUCAUCGGCGAAGCCUAUCAUUAUAUUGCCUACGUUCCUGUAGAUGGUGAAGCAUGGCAAUUAGAUGGUUUAUAUCCGCAUCCUGUUAGUUUAGGAAAGUAUUCGAAUGAAAAAAGAUGGUAUGAAGCUGCUCGUGGUGAAAUCAAUGAACGUAUUAAUGGAUUUUUUGUAGAACAAAUAGAAUAUGUUCUUUUAGCAAUAACUAAAGACGAAUUAGGUAUUCAUCAAGACAGAAUCAAAGAUUGUAUGUACAUCAAAGGACUUGCAGAAAAUAGACUGGAUAAGCUCAGUAGUUCUUGGAGAGAAGUUGAUAGUAAAGACAUCGAUUUGCUUUUUACCGAAGAAGAUGGAAUAAGGGUUGUAAACAGAGGAAAUUAUGUAGCUGACUUUGAAAAUUUAACAUCAUGCCAUGAUAAUUUUGAAAAGAUCAAAGAAUUACGAACGAAAAUGGUUAAUACAAUUCAAUUUUUGUUUGAAGAAAUUGAAAUAGAAAAAAAACGGAAAGAAGUCGAGAAAGAACGAAGAACAUUUGACUACGGCCCAUUCUUUCGUGAGUUCAUCUCAAUUCUUCACGAACGAGGCGAAUUGAAAAGAUUACUCGAUGCAGCAGAGGAUAUGGACGAAAGAGAUGAAUACAUAUAA